AUUAUUAUUAUUAUUAUUAUUAUUAUUUUCUAUCUUCCUUUCUUAUUCCGUUCUCUUCUGCUUCCGUUUGUCUUUUAUUCGGUGAGUCGUGAUCACCGUGCUGAGAGCGACAUGUGGUUUAAAUCGGCCAGACAUGGAAUAAAACAAAAAGUAUAACAACGAUCCCUGCUUGAGAAUGAGACUUGGAUGACAAAUGUAAACUGGUGUUUCCGACGAUUGUGUCACAUUUCGGGAACUGAGUGCUGAUUCCUUCACUUUCGUUUCUUGUAAGGUAACGCCCGUCUGCCACGUUGUUUCUUCGUUUGCCAUGGCGGUAGUUCAGCUUUCCGUGUCCGCUGAUCAGUAUACUUGUUCGGUGUGUCUGGAGGUAAUGAAGGAGCCCGUCACCAUCCCGUGUGGACACAGCUACUGCAUGGGCUGUAUUAAUGACUACUGGGACAAGUCGGAGAAGGAGGGGGCCUACAACUGUCCUCAGUGCAGGAGAGCAUUUAACGUGAGACCGGAGCUCAACAGAAGCACCAUAUUAACGGAUCUGCUAGAGAAAGUGAAAGACGUGCGAGCAGAUGUGAAUCUGUCCGAGAGUUACGCCGGACCUGACGAUGUGUGCUGUGAUGUUUGUCCAGUUAAAAAACUGAGAGCCGUGAAGACCUGCAUAACCUGCUUGGUGUCCUACUGCGACAUUCAUCUCCAACCCCACCGGGAGUCCGGAGCCUAUAAAAGACACAAACUAGAGGAGCCGACCGAAAAUCUGGAAGAAAAACUCUGUGCAAAACACCAGAAAGUUCUGGAAAUCUUCUGUAGGACCGACGGGACCUGCGUCUGCUUACUGUGUGUGGCGACAGAGCACAAGAGUCACGACACGGUGACACCUGAAGAGGAGAGAGCAGGAAGAGAGAGUCAGUUGGAAAAUAAAAAGACAGAAAUGAAAAAUCAAAUUGAGGAGAAGGAAGAGGAAUUGGAGGAGAUAAAAGAGACAAUAGAGAGAAUUAAGAGCUCUGCAGACACAGAAGUGCAGGAACACGAGGAGACCUUCAAGUCUGUACUUGAGUAUGCUUUGAAGCUGAGGUCAGCAGUCACGGAGGUCAUUAGAGAUUAUGAGAGUAAGGAACUGAGAAAGGCUGAACAGCUCAUGGAGCGACUUGAGAAGGAGAUUCAAGAGCUGAAGAAGAGAGACACUGAGCUGCUUGAGCUUUCACAGACAGAGGACCACAUCCACUUCUUGAAGAAGUUCCCAUCUUUCUGUGAUCCUCCUACUGAGGGAGAUACACCUGACAUCACUGUUAAUAAGAAUUUUCUUCCUAUGAGUCUGUGCAUGAAUCUGUCUGCUCUGAAGAGGAGUCUUGAGGUGAUCAAGGACUGGGAGAUCUGUGAGGCUGACGACUUUGAGACCAUACAAUCUUAUGACUCUGACAGUUCUGACAUCUUUGAGUAAGCUGUGUGCCAAGAGGCUCUGAGUGGGACUCACUGUUACUGGGAGAUCGAGUGGAGUGGAGACAAGAUUGACAAGUGAGUGACAUAUAAAGGAACUGAAAAGGAAAGGAAAGGAUGACAAAUAUUGGAUGCAAUGGCAAGUCCUGGAGUUUGUACAACAGUGAUUCCAGUUUCUGUGUGUGGCACAAUAACAACAGUGCUCAAAUCCGCACUCCCUCCAGUCACAGAAUAGGUGUCUAUCUGGACUAUCCUGCUGGCUCUGUCUCCUUUUAUAGCAUCUAAGAUAUAAUAACCCUUCUGCACAAGUUUAAUACCUUCUUCACUGAGACUCUUUAUCUGGCAUUUGCUGUUGGAUGGGAAUCCAGUGUGACAAUCUGCCCUUUAAGCUCUUCUGACCAGUGACCGGUGUGGUGUGCAGGUCACCUCAUGUCUUCUGUCACACAGGUUGUCUUAAUGUUUUAGACAGAGGAUGAAAAUUCCUGGCUGUUACAUUGAGUUUCAUUUCUGAUUUCAUUCCAGAGUAAAUGGAAGAAGUUUAGGUGGUAGCACACACAGCUGAUUAAAGUCAUGUUUAUGCCAUAUAGGUUUAUAUAGGUGUAUAUACAGAAGGUUUAAGUUUCAGUUUAACUAUGAAAAGCUUGUAAUUUGAAUAAAAGGAAAACACAAAGAAAUAAAAAUCAAAAGGAUAAAUGAAUGAAGAGGAAAACAUAGACUACAGUGAGACCUGCAGUAAUGACUGUAUGGUGGGGAAUGAAGACACUUCAGUGACAGAGUGACAGACAGGUGGUGUCACACACUGGGUUUUUAGAGGAGCUCACAGGUUAGGUGGACUCAGCAGGGAUUUAUGGAUUUUGAAGCUCUGGAAGCGACCAGCAGAAGCCUCAGAGUGGUGGAGGGAAAUUAAAGGACAACUUUAUAGCAUCCAGUCAAGAACAAGAACAGAGAAAAUGAAGAAUGGCUGAAGGAUAAGUGCAGCUCUGAAACAAAGGCUCCUUGGUGUGGACAUUAAAAGUUUUGGGUGGGUUUUGAAGGAAAUGUUUAGGAUUUAAAAAAUGGGAAAUAUGAAAUUUGCUGUAAUGUAUUUAAUAAUUUUUAGGAAUUGUGUUUGAGUAAGUUUUGUGGUGGUUAAAGAUGUUCAACAUUAAAGAAGCUAUAUAAUAAAUACUGACUGAGUGAUUGCACAGGAUUUGUAUACUUCAUACUCAUCCUGAUUCUGUACUAAGAUGACUUGUGAUCAUGGCCUGGAUUAAUUAAAUGAUAAGAAUUGAUAAUGAAACAUUUUAUCAAAUUGCAUUGGGGAGAAAAAAGUGCUUUUUAGUGUUUGUUAAAUAAGACUUGUACAUUAAUUUGUUUGGAUAAUAAGAUUAUUUACAUAAGAUGCAGAUUUUAAAUGAAUAAACUGGAAAAGCUAACAAUUGUUUCUGAUUGUAUGAUGUGGGACAGAAAGCAGCACGGGAUGACGAAUCAUAGGAAUGACAAGAUGUGUUUCAAGAGACUGGGAAUACUGGGAUGCAUGAAGAUAAAUUGAUGAAUGCUGGGAGAUUAGUAUAUGUAAAAGCAAAUACUAAAAAUGUUACAAUUACAUUGUACAAGAUUUAAGCUGAGAAAAAGUAAGUCAUGGAUGUAUGCUUGUAUGAAAUUGGUGCAUGUUAUUUACCAUAGUUAGCUAAAAGUCGCAUAAAUGACAGUUAACAAGACAAUUGGACAUGAUCAGUUGUCUGAGUUUAGCUGAUGAAAUCUUUUCAUAAUCAGCCACCAUGGCACUAAA